UGAAGUGGAGUCCACGAAAUCUGGUAUAAAAUCUGUAAAGUGGAGCAAUCUUUAAUGCAACAGUGACAGAAAAUUAUGACGUGUAUCAAACGAGAAUUAAAUUCUGUAAAAGAAGUAUGUCUAGUUAAAAAAGUCCCGUAAAAUCUCGUGAAGUAGAAUCCACGAAAUUUAGUAUAAAAUUUGUAAAGUGGAGCAAUCCUUAAUGCAACAGUGACAGAAAAUUAUGACGUGUAUUAAACGAGAAAUAAAUUCUGCAAAAGAAGAAUGUCUAGUUAAAAAGUCACGUAAAAUCUCGUGAAGUAGAAUCCACGAAAUUUAGUAUAAAAUCUGUAAAGUGGAGCAAUCCUUAAUGCAACAGUGACAGAAAAUGACGUGAUUAAACAAGAAUUAAAUUCUAUAAAAGAAACAAAAUUUUAAAAAUGGAGCAAGUUAUGGGAAUUUCGAAAGGAAAGGUCCUUAAUCUGAAUCUUUGGAAACAAAACAUCUUUGAACAUUGUGGGACUUGCUGCCAAAAUGUUAUUAAAGGACUUACACAUCAAAAUUCAUAAAGAGGAUUGAAGUAAGAAAAAAAUAUGGCCGAGAACGGAGGACCGACGGAGGAGACGGCAAACGGGCAGUGUGACUCGAGGAUGCCGCAUAUAUCGACGUCAAACGAAAAUAGACAGAUUCACGAAUCGCCGAGAUACACGUUGGCGAGCAUAAGCUCCGGGACGGCGUUUAACUUUGGUGUCAGGACUGCGGAGCGCUCGAGAAUAUUCGCGGGCAAUAUCUCCUCCACCAUUCAAGGGAUUCGUCCUCUGAUACAGCAGGCAGCGCCUAACAUAACGCUGUCGUCGCUCUUGGCCAUUCAUGGACUCCGGAAUCAGGUCCACCCAGCCGCGUUACCGAGCGACAGCUAUGUGAUCAAUCUGGAGGAUCCGGCGACGAACGGCGCGAACGGCUCUCACGAUGAACCUGCGCGCAGCCAUCACCACCAUCAUCACCAUCAUCACAUAGCGUUGCCGAGCAAUUUCUCGAGCAACGCGCACGAGACCGCGAGCGAGGUUGUCGAGAACCACAGCAAUAACAACGCCUCGGAGAACACCGCCAACGGCAACGUCCAGCUGGGUCCGGAGACUCGGGCGAUGCUGAAGCACCUUCAGCAGUACGUUCCCUUCGUCACCAUCCUGCUCGCCAAGGGCCUCUACGAUCACCGAGCCGGCAUACUCACGUUCGUUGUGCUACUCGUCACGUUCAUUCACGCUAACAACGACGUUAAGCGCGAGAUCGCCAAGCAGCACAAUCGGAGUUGGUCGUUGCUCAUGCUGAUCCUCUGCUACAUCACCGCGUGCAUCGUUUUCGUCGUCUACACGUUCAAUCUCUACACCCUCGCUCCCUACGCCGAGCCGCUCACCAUCUGGGAUCUGCUCUGCUACGUCACGGUGAUGGAUUUCUUCCUCAAGCUCAUCACCAUCGUCUGCAAGGUUCUCCUGACUUGUCUACCGGUACGAUUGCUGGCGUUCCAGAAUCGAGGAAAAUAUUAUCUUAUGAUGGAAGCGAUGUCGCAACUUUAUCGAUGCGUCGCGCCUGUCCAGCCGUGGCUGUACUACCUGCUCGAAACGUACCAAGGUCCGGAGAAAGUCGUGGGGAUUUUUUUCUCGAUAAUGUAUACAAUGAGCAAGGGCAGCGAUCUACUGUCGCGUCUGAAACUAUUUCGCACCGCUGCGUGGAAACUGUUCCAAAACGUGAGCCUCGGAGUAUCUCCGUCGAAGGAACAGCUGAUUGCAUCCGGCGGUAUAUGUGCCAUUUGUCACGAGGAGUAUACCACACCGGUUAGACUUCAUUGUAAGCAUAUUUUCUGUGAGACGUGCGUCUCGACGUGGCUUGACAGAGAGCGAUCGUGUCCCCUGUGUCGCGCGUCCAUCACAGACGAUCCGAUUUAUCGGGAUGGCCAUACAACACACUUCAUUCAAUUGUAUUGAUUCCGUCAAUUGUCAUCUCUCUAAAGAGAAUAAUUUUUGUACAGUUUUUUAUUGCUAGAUAAAAAUGUAAGAGGUUCCGUUAACGGCA